AUAAUUUAAACAAUCGAUGGCGUUUAUACGCAUUCCAUGAGUUUUUAUCUCCUAAAAAUAAUAUGAUUUUACUUCCGGAGUCGGGAAAUACACACGAAUGUUUUGGCGAGAAGAGAUUUUCGUGUAUACACUUGUCGUUUAGCACGAGAACAUAGCAACCUUAUCGCAAUGUAGGUCUAAAUGAAAGUAGAACAUGGGAGAUCAAUUACAAAAGAUGGACUGAUAGCACUGGAAGUUCGCUAAUCUUUAUCGUUCGUUCGAUGUGGUUUAUUUGUUGGAUUUAAAUGGUGUCAAACAUUGGAAAAUUAAUUUGUUGAAGAAGUUGUCCCUAUUACUGCCGAAAAGAUGGAAAUAAGCGAAAGCGAUACUGUUAGCAGAUAUUCAGAAUCUGGGAACUGCUCAAAUUUAAAAAAUGACUCUUUUGACGAGUUGCUACAUCGACUGGAACAGCAAAACAGAAACCUUGAAAAUGACAAAAGAGCAAUGUUGGAGCUCACACCUUCGCAACACAACAACAAUAACAACUCUAAAAAUCCCUCAGAGUCUUCGGAAGUUACAGAUUCAGAAUUGUCAUCCAUGGAGGGAUAUACUGAGAGCUUUGAUACACCUGAUGGGUUUGACUAUGCCUCCUUUAAAGUUUGGAGUGAGAUCAUUAGAGAUUGGGAAGACAACAUGAAGAGAAGGCCAAAGUUUAUACGUGACCUGACUCAUAAGGGUAUACCUGAAGCUAUGAGGUGCAUUGUGUGGCAAUAUUUUACUGGAGCAUGGGAGUCAGCACUUAUUGGAAAAUAUGCUUCACUAAUUGAGGAACAUUCCGCUUGCGAAAGAAUGAUUAAGCGAGACAUAGCACGAACAUUUCCAGAACAUCCACGCUUCCAGAAGGAAAAUGGUCAUGGACAACAGGGGCUUUUUAAUGUCAUCAAGGCAUAUUCCAUCUACGACAAAGCUGUUGGUUAUUGCCAGGGAAGCAUGUUUAUUGCUGGAAUGUUAUUAAUGAAGAUGCCUGAAGAAGAGACGUUUUGUGUUUUCGUCAAACUGAUGGAAGAUUACGGAAUGAGAGAAUUAUACAAACCAAACAUGUCUGAACUUGGAUUGUGCAUUUAUCAGUUAGAAAACUUAGUUCAGGAAAUGCUGCCUGAAUUACACGGACAUUUGCAAGCGCAGGGCUUCCAAACGGCGAUGUACGCCAGCUCAUGGUUCUUGACCUUAUUCUCGUCUGUGUUUCCACUUAAUGUCGCUUUCAGGAUCAUGGACAUGUUCAUAUCUGAUGGUCGAGAGAUUUUAUUCCGACUGUCACUUGCCCUUCUCACGUUGAGUGUGAAUGAGUUGUUGAAAUGCGACAUGGAAGAAAUGCUCAUGCAUUUUCAAAAGACGAUGCCUGAAAAGUACGCUGAUAAUUUUGAGGUCGUUGUUGAAGAAGCAGACAGAAUGAAAAUGAGCGUGAGAAAAAUGAAAAGAUUCGAAAAGGAUUACACUCGAACUAAAUCUAAAGAGGUCGAGGAUAGCGAAGAAAUACGUCGACUGAAAACAGAAAAGAGUAUAUUGAUUCAUCGUAUUAAUGGUUUAGAAGAUGAAUGUGCCAAUUUGGCAGACAAAUUAAUAAAGGAUCAAGUAACGAGGGCUCAGGAACAGGAAGAGAUGUACGUGAUUAAACGUGAGCUAUCGAUUUUAACUAAGCGUUUUGAAACGAUGAAAACCGAACUGGAAAGGUCGAUGGAAAGAGAAAGUGAAUUACUAAAAUACAAGAAAAUGGUCGAAAAAUCGCAAAACGAGUCAAAAAAUCAUAAAAUGGUCAAUCCUUUUGCAUUGGAACCAAGCUAGUAAAAGGCCAUCGUAUGCAGCAUUCGACGCGGUGAGCAAGUGAUGGCCAUUUUGAUAAGGUUCACCUAUAAGUAAAAGAUUGUUUACUUGUUGAUGGUAGGAUUUGAUCGGGGAUUGUUGGCACGCUUAAGAAUGAGCUGGAAUUGUGACAGUUUAAUUUUGGUACAAUGCUAAAGUUGGUCCCAUAAGAUGUUGAAGUCGCCUUGACUGUUUCUUCUUCUGACAGAGCUAUAUAUUUAGCAUCGCUUCCACUUGUAAUCCAAUUCAUGCUUCUUUUACAAUUAAUGGCCAUUUUUAUACUCGAGACGCAUAAUGCGUCAUCUUUAUUAUUCGUCUAGUAUAAAAACGGACGAAUUAUCCAGCGAAGUGUUUUACAAGCAAUAUGAUAAUUUUGCGAAAAACUUAUUGAUUUUUGGCGAAUAAUCUCUCUCACCUUUUUGAGUUAUUCGUCCAAGUGCCGUCUUUAUAUAGACAUACGCAUUAUACGUCUAGACGAAUUUUGUUCGAUUCUUCGUCUACAGAGACGAAUAACCAUUGAUUAUUCGUCUAGACGUAUAAUGCGUCUUGUGCCCGUCUUUACACUGAAGCCGCAUAACCAGACGAAAAAAAUUUAUUGACCAAAUUUGUCCAGAUGCAUUAUGCGUCUCUAGUAAAAUAACGGCCAAUGUCGAUUCAAAUCUUUCACCUUAAUCCUAAUGAUUUUAUCACACAUGCAAAUUCAUUUCUUUGUGCUUGUGAUGGCAGCGGUCAUUGAUAGAGUUUAUGUUGUGAGACGAAAAAAACUCACCUGCUUUUGAGAUCGGAAACUCGCGUCUGCUUUAUGAAUACAUAUUUCUGAAUUAAAUUUUUUUUUCAUUGAAAUUACUCAUCGAAAUGUUAGAGGCUUUGCUCUUUAACUGUGUUUAUAUUAACGAGCGUCUUUGAAAGAUCCACGACCAUCCUGUAAUUAUGCUCUAUUUCAAUGCAAAUUUUAUGUGUUUACCAACUGCAAAGUGUAAAACAUUUUUAAAGAAAAGAAUGAUGAUAAUCCUCUAAAAUUUACAUAUCAUGCAGGUCUAAAACCUGGGGAGUGGAUUAAUCACUGCGGAAACAAGUACUCAUCAGAAAAAAUUUAAAUAAGCACAAAAUUACAUAUAGGACCAAAACAUGCAUGACAAAACAUGUUUUGCAUCGGAAAGAUGAAAAACAAUAUUUAUUUACAAAUCACUGAAUGUAUAAAUCAAUAAAUCAAUGUUCUUUUAACGCGGUAAAA